GAUGUCUCUGGCUUUGGUUACGAAAAGCGCGUCUCGACCCGCAGCGGCGGCGCCUCUAGUCAGUCCGUCUCGCGACCACCCGCUCACUCUGCGGCGGGCGCGCGUGGGAAGAAGUCUGUGUCGGAGGCGGUGCCACCAAGAUCGAGUCUCCGUCGAAGUCACCGUCGUUCCAACAUGGCUGAAAGAAAAGUGAAAAGCAAAAAGGAUACCAAGGAUGAGGUUCCAAGCAGAAUUGCAUCUGACCCCAUGGCAGUGACCUGGUUAGAGAAACACAACAAAACCCUGGAAAAAUACUGGAACAAAUUACCCAAUUUCCUCGGUUCGUUCAUCGCCAGUGUCGCUGUCUUCAUCCUCGGAUCCAGUAUUAGAGGAGAGUGGAUCUACAUCCUCGUACACUUCCUGAAAGCCUUCAGAUACGGCGACGAAGAAGCCAACGGCACCUCGACAGAGUCCUCGAACUCCUCGUCGUCCACGGGAUUCAGUUUGGCCGACUACCGCCUUCAGGGUUUUGGAUUCUACUGGAUUUGGGCCACGACGGUGUCCUAUGUCCUAUACUUAGGCAUCGGUGGCUUCCUGCACUGGUACUACUACGUGCGUCAGCGUGACCGAUCCGAAGAAUGGAAAUGUCAACCCAACAAGUUUAUGCCGCCGGAGUUAGAGCGCCAUGAAAUUCUGCUGGGAUCUUUCUCGCUGCUUUUGGGGUCCACGGUAUCCGCCAUGCUCGCCUGUUACGUCAUGAACGGCGGUUAUUCCACGAUCUACUAUGACGUCAGCAAGUACGGCUGGCUUUGGUAUUUCGCCUCGUGGCCGGUCGUUUACAUCUGGCAGGACUACCUCACGUAUUGGCAUCACCGCAUCUACCACAUCCCCUUCUUGUACAAGAACUUCCAUAAACUCCACCACAAGUACAAGCAGCCAACGGCAUUCAGUGUAACAGCCAUUCACCCGUUCGAGUUCCUUCAUAUGCAGGUCGUGCAGUUCAGCCCAAUGUUCAUCAUCCCUGUUCACUGGUCUGUCUUCUGCACCUUGUUAAUGUACCUGUAUUACCACGGCAUCAUCGACCACUCCGGGAUCAACUUCAAGGCUCAGUGGUGGCAGCCUUGGCAACCCGACUGUAUCUUCCAUGACAACCACCACCAGUACUUCCAUGUCAACUUCGGAUUUAACUGCGAAAUUUGGGAUAAAAUCCACGGAACCUACAGGCAGAAGAAUAAGGUGUAUCGCGAGGACAUCUUCUACGGGAAGGGCAAGAGCCUGGAGGAGUGUUCCAAGGACGAACUUAGGGCUGACUUGAACGAAAGGGAAUCCGAGAAUCACCUUGCAUACCGAGGAGAAGUCAGAGACGAGCAGGUCCUCGAAGUCAAGAAGAAGCUCAAGUAGAACAUAGAGCCUCGAGGAACCUUCAAGGACAACCUAAAGACUGACUUGAACGAAAAUUCGAGAAUACUUUGAAUUUCUUGGUCAGAAAUGAGCAGAUCCUUAAGGUUUAUAAGCAGUAGCAGAAGACAGCAGAAGGAAAAAAAA